GCGCCCUCCCUUUUCUCCAACCUUUCUUGGCAAAGCAUUGGGAACCCCUCGUUGCUGUCUUCUUCGUUGUUGAUGCGGUGAUUCCUCCGGCCAACCGGGGCGGCUCUCUCGGACCGCCGUGCUCCCCUUCAAGAUGAACAACCUCAUGACGGAAUCGUUCGAAAGGGUGGUGGGUAGCUACCCAGGAGAGGGAGACAUCGGAUCAGGGAGGUAUUCUACUGAUACCAGAGAUAUGGGGAUGGAAGGUUUCUUCAAAGAGGUUGGAGAAAUAGAUAAGCAGAUCGAGAGAAUUACAGGAUUCUUCAAUAAGCUACAGGCUACCAAUGAAGAAUCCCAGCUUGUAACCAAGGCCUCGGAGAUGAAAGCAAUCAAACAGCGGAUGGAGAAGGACGUCGAAGAAGUCAAAAAGAUUGCUUUGAAGAUCAAAACGAUGUUAGAGCAACUCGACAAAAAUAACAUGAUCAACAGGCAGAAACCGGGAUGCGGCAAAGGGACCGCCGUCGACAGGUCUAGAAUGGGAAUGACUGUGGCUCUGAAGAAGAAGCUAAAAGAGAGAAUGACGCAGUUUCAGACUCUGAGGCAGAAUAUCCACGAGGAGUACCGUGAGGUGGUGGAAAGGAGAGUCUUCACAGUGACCGGAACAAGACCGGACGAGGAAAUGGUCGAUCAACUGAUAGAAACUGGGAACAGCGAGCUGAUCUUUGAGAAGGCGAUCCAAGGUCAAGGUCGAGGACAGGUUGUGGACACAUUGGCGGAGAUACAAGAACGGCGCGACACCAUGCUGGAGUUGGAGAAGAAGCUUCUUGAUCUACAGCAGAUGUUCUUGGACAUGUCGGUGCUGGUGGACGCCCAGGGAGACAUGCUGGAUGACAUCGAGGCUCAGGUCACCAAAUCCGUAGACCACAUCGAGAAUGCCACCGCCACACUCCAAGCAGCGAAGAAGACGCAGAAGAACACGAGGAAGUACAUGUGCAUCGCCAUCGUCAUCCUGCUCGUCGUCAUCGUCGUUGCGCUCGGUGGAAUCCUGAAGGAGGCCAAGAAAUCGGCUUAAGAAACAACAACAACAACAACAACAAUAAAUUUGCAGUAUAUGAAGUUAUCUUCGUUUCCUCGGAGGGUCUGAUGAUGAAAUUGUUAUGCUAACACUUGCGUAAUUGUA